AUGAGCUUUAAAAAAGUUGCUUAAAUAAUUGAAGAAAAUUAAAAGAAGAAAGUAGAAUCAGUCGAAUAACAUAUUAUGAUGAAUAUCAACAAGAUCAAUGCACUUUAGGAAACAUUAUAUUUAUUAAAACAAAGAUUAUUUAAUAAAUAGAUUAACUAAUUAGUAAUACAAAAGAAUGGAUCAAAUGUUUAUAAGAAAUUGGAUAAGAAAAUGCCAAUUACAGUUUUAUCGAAUAAUUGGGUAAUUUAAUUAAUCAAAUUUAAGUUGGAAAAUUUGAUUGCACACCAUUAAAUACCUAAAUUAACACAAUUAAUCACUCUUGGAAUCAAAAAAACACAUAAAAAGUUGACUGAUUUGAAUUGA